UUUGUCACCGCAACAUCAAUACUUAGCUCUUAAAAUGGCUCCUUUAUAUGUUAUUGCAAAUAUAAUUUUACUAAUAUCUAGUUUCGAUGUCACCCAAUGGACUUCGAGGGGCUUUGCGGAAGCAAACAAACUUCUGCAUUCAGCUUCUGCGGUGUUAGGAAAACCAUGGCUACCUUCGAGCGUUUUGUCACACAUCAAAUACUAUCCUGAAGUGGACAUUAUUGGUCCUAACCGGAUAUUGGUGGAGCUUGGACAAAGGAACGUACAAUUCAAGUGUAAAUUGGAUUUCCUAUUUCGCGAAGGCUAUGGCUACAUCCCAAAUGUGAAGAAGUCGUGGUUUACGUCUGCCAUUAAUCCGAUCUUCAGAGGCAUGAAAAUUCAAAAACGUACUUUGGAGCGGUUUGAUUUAUACAAGAAGUUCAAAAACAACAAUCCAGGACACAAAAAAUCGUUUACGUCUUAUAUAACUGUGACGUUACCACCUAUUCAGGUAAAACACGUCACAAAUUAUAAGUGCUCAUUUCACUUUCCUGAGACGAGAAAAUUCUUGGAACAACUCAGCUGGACUUAUUCAGAAGGUCAUGUUGAAAUUGUUUUUCACGAUUUCGUAACCAAGCAAAGAAUAAUCGCUGUUGGGUUUAGCAGGAAAGCUUUAGUUUACCAAAAAUCAAAGACAGAAGAACAACAUUCGACAGUAUUUUCCGUAGGUUCGGAUGUACUAAAAUAUCGAUUUUGGUGUGACUGCAGUAAAGGCAAGGGAGAGAAGCUAAAUUUUAUGCGAGUUGCUUGGAAAUUUCAUCGCUCAUCUGGCAUGAAAGGAAAAGCAGCAAGUGAACUACCAAGAGGAGUAGUUGCAAGCAGGAUUAGCUUUCAGAAGCUGAGUCUUCGCAUUACUGCCUUACAGGAAAGCAUAGAAGGAUGGUAUCAUUGUGAAUGGAGAAGUCUUCGAGCAUGGAACCAUCCUUACUCGUCACCUGAAUUCAAACUCCUUCCAUACGACGACAACUCUUGUGAAGUGCUCGGUGUACAGAAGAAAGUUUUGUUGUGCCACAAACAUGCAACUUGCAUUGAUGCGCGUUUCACGUAUUACUGUUUGUGCAAUGACGGUUUAACAGGAGAUGGCAAGAACUACUGCGACGAUAUUGACGAGUGCAGCCGAGGCCUUGACAGGUGUGAUCUAAAUGCUCAAUGCAUAAACGAAUUUGGACAUUACACUUGUUCAUGUGAAGAAGGAUACAAAGGUGAUGGAUGGACUUGUUCUUUGAUGGACUUUACGUCAGAGGAAAUAAUACAAAUUACUUACAAAAACAGAACACAAAGUGAAACCACCGCUUAUCUCAAGAGUUCUUUUCUUGAUGAUAAUGUUGUUUUUGAUUGGGGAAAUGAGACUAUUACACUAACAAAAGGACCAGCUUUGGCUGGAGCUUCGAUAAACAGUCUAAGUAGCGGCAUCAUAACUUUCCUGGUCUUGUUGCUGAUGCUUUUUCAAGCAUGAUGAUCUUGACGUCGGUAGUUGUCAUCGUCUGUUGAUACUAGAAAACAAGAGAAGCAUUAUUUUGUAACAGCUCUUGACAAUAAGACUUACUGUGGUCUUUUCACAAAUAGAGAUAACAUGUGUAUGAGAUAGAAAUCGGGUAAAAUGAAUUACCGAUGGGAAUUUAGCAAACGUAUUGGACAAUAAAAACUUUGACAUAU